AUGACUGUAUCAAAUACGACGACAUCAACAGCAAUUGCAACGACAUCAUCAUCAACCUCUACAGUGAUAUCGACUACAGGAGUUGUAGCAACUACAAUAACAUCUACCACAGCUACAACAACUAUAAUAGCAACUACAGCAACCACAACAACUGUGACUACUACAAUAACAACUACGACAGCAACUACAACAACAUGUUCUAUUAACACAUACUGGAAUGGCUCAAUAUGUCUACCACAACUUCUUCAAAAUCAAACUUGUUCACAGGCAAAUGUAUGUCGAUCAGAUCUUAAUCUCACUUGUCAAGCAAGUUGCGAUUUUACAUAUCGAUGUUCACUUCGUAAGUCAAUUGAAUUUUACUUUCAUGAUCGCUUCAAUUUUCCAGCCAUAGGUGUUGGCCAAACAGUGGCUGGUUAUUGUAAUGGUGGUACUAGUGGUAAUGCCACCAAAUUAAAUGGUCCUUGGGGUAUUUAUGUUUCUCCAUUGGAUGGAACUGUAUACGUUGCCGACGAAUAUUAUCCAGCUUUUCUAGCUUUUUCACCAUUUUCGCGUAAAGAAACUGUACUUUUGUCAAGUGGCACUAGUGAACCUAUGGAUAUCUUUGUUGACAAUUCGAAUACUAUCUAUAUGAUCGAUCGAUCGCUUAAUAGUGGCACUCUGCUUGUCCAACGAGGAGGGACUAUUAUCAAAAGUUUUCCAACUGCGGGACUAUCGACAGCGUCUUGCUUACUCAACGGACUCUACAAGCCUUAUGGUUUAACAGUGGAUCGAUCUGGUAAUAUCUAUAUAGGAUUGUGGACGUGUUCUGCUGUGGUAAAACUGGCACCGAAUGCUACUACUGUAACAGUCGUUGCUGGACAAAUGGGAAGUGCAGGUAGUAGUAGUACUAAACUGUCGGGGGUCCGUUAUGUUCAAUUAGAUGAAGAUCGAGGUUUAUUAUAUGUUACUGAUUCCGGUAACAAUCGCAUCCAGCAGUUUACCAUUAGUGGUAACGGAACAGGCGUGACAGUAGCAGGUGGUAAUAGUGCAGGUACUGGUUUGAAUCAGUUGAGCAGUCCUACAGGAUUUUGUCUUACACGUGAUGGUCAAACUCUUUACAUAGCUGAUAAACUUAAUAACCGAAUUAUGAAAUGGACAAUUGGCGCUACCCAAGGAUCGGUUGUAGCUGGUAGUGUAAGUGGAACAUCGGGUAAUACUACUCAACUUCUAUAUAAUCCAGGUGAUGUGGCUCUUGAUCCAACCGAAACUUAUCUAUAUGUUACAGAUCAAAAUAACCAUAGGGUUCAAAAAUUUCGCGUUCAAUAA